AUGAUUCCAACAGCCGAUUCACUGCUGCAAUAUGACAACCCAGUCUUGGUGAGCAAGAAGUCACCUCAGCCAGCUGGAAGCUCCCCAGCCCUCACUCCCUCCAAGCCGAAGUCCCUUGCUUUGGAAAUAAAUAGGGAGAAAACUGAGGAUAUCCUCCAUGCCAUUCUCCCACCGAGAGUGUGGUCAGAGGGUAGCAAGCUGUGGGUGCAGUCUGUGUCGAGCACACCAGGCACACGCAUAGACGUCAUUAAACUGCAGGAGCUGCUGGAUCUGAAGCUGCAGCAAAGGCAGGCUCGAGAGACUGGUAUCUGCCCUAUCCGUAGGGAGCUCUACACACAGUGCUUUGAUGAGCUGAUCAGACAGGAAACCAUCAGCUGCACAGAGAGGGGGCUGCUGCUGCUGCGGGUUCGGAAUGAGAUCCGUAUGUGCAUGGCUGCCUACCAGACUUUGUACGAGAGCAGUGUGGGCUUUGGGAUCAGGAAAGUGCUGCAGUCUGAAAUAGGCAAAGCUGAAUUGGAGAGAAAGAGACAAACCCUGGAGAAAGAUAAGAGGGACCUGGAGCAGCAGGUAAAGGACACAUGGGCAAAAUGUGAGGCCAUAAAGAUAAGAGAGAUGGAGCGACGGGAAGCAGAGGACAGGAAGCAUGCAGAAGAGAUUGAGUUCCUGAAACGCACCAACCAGCAGCUCAAGUUCCAGCUAGCUGGCAUCACACAGAAGAAGUGACCAGAACCACAUGCUUCACGUGAGAAACCACUCUGCUAAGGAAGUUGCCACUUUAAAGGACUUCUGAUACUGAAAGAAAAAUAGAAGAAAAACAAAUGAAUCAUACAGAGACAUUCAUAAGAGCUCUAAAGUAUAGACAAUCCCUUAAUGAUUUUUUAAAAUAAUUAAUAUGUUUCAAAAA